UCAAGUUGAGAGCAAACUGUUUGAUAAAAUGUCCGAGUUUGUGCAUUUGAAUGAUGUUAGUGUAGAAUUUUUCUGGCAGCUCAAAAUGGAUAAAGUAUUUGAUCGUGGAAAAGAAUAUCAUCUUAUUCCAGGGUUAUCAUCUUUUAUUAAUUCUUCUAGGGACAAUUUUGAUACAAAUACUUCUUAUGUGACUGUUGGUACUGGGUUUACAUUCAUGGCUGCUUAUUAUGACAACUUCAAUUCUAAGCUAAUGGCGGAGCUUGUGUACUGUUUCAUUCUGCUAUAUGAGUGUUCAAAUGUGUCUUUGUUUGUUAAAGAGGGGGAUAGUCAUGAUAUUAACCAGCUGUUUGAACAACGGCCUCAACAACGCCAUAUUCCCUGGACAUUUGUGCUUCUUCAGGUGCCAAGACAACGUGAAUCAGGUACAUUCUUUUGUGCUUCAGUUAUAUUGGUAUGGGUUCCAACUGGUGAUUAUAGUGUUACUAGUAGGCCAGUUACCAACUUGUCAUCGCGAAAUACAUGGUUUGCUCAUGUGCUCGGUAGGAAGGCGGAAGAAAUUUUUUUCUUACAGCUGCCAUGUGACUUACUCGAGAUGCUUGAAGUUGAUCUUCUGUGCUCCAUGUGUGUUAUCAAGUGUGAUAGAACUCGCUUACCAGUCUUGCAUUCAACUAGUGCUUGUCCAUGGUCUGUUCAAGUACUUGACAUUAAAGGAGCAACAAAAAUUUUCUUACAGUUCAAGUGUGAGUUGCUUGAGGUAUUCACUAUGUGUUUGAUAUUAUUGGAUGCGCACACUAAAAUUUCUGUUCAUGACCUACUCCUCGAUUAUGGAUAUGGAUUCAAAUUGUGGCGUCGGAACUCCAGGGUAAUGGCGACUUAUAAUGGAAAAUUUGUUUAUGAUUUUGUUUUCAAAUUUGGAUACUCAUUAAGGCUGCUAUGUGCGAGAUCAGCUACAAUUCUGUUCGUGCAAGGGGAUGAGACUGGUGUUGUUUGCAAGUUACAGAACACAAGGUUGCAGCAUGGUACAGUUCUGUGGUCCAGGUUGAUACUUCAAGUGACAGGUACCAAUGCAGCUGGUACUAUGAUUGAGUUAUUUGAUCAACUACAUCACAGUCGAUGGAGUUUCUGUAAUCUUCUAAUCUCACAGCUGGGAAAUGGUUCACGAAAUUCACUAAACUUUUGUGUGGUGGCAAGCCAAUAUGCUGGUGAAUCACAGAUUCUCUCAAAGAGGCUUCACUAUAAGCUUGUAUUUCUUUCUCUUCGUGCUAGCCAGAUGCGUGAUGUUCCCCUGAUUCUUUUCACUCCAAAUUACUUACUUCUGAAGUAUUUUGGUGGUUUAUAAUCCAAGAGAGAGUUAUAUUGACAACAACACACUUCAAUUGGAAUUCUCUGCACAAUGAGCUCAGCAUUUUGGGAAGAGGGUUAUCUAUACACUAUCGAUUACCUUCACCGAAUGUCUAUAGUGGGUGUCUGCUUCCAGUGGGUAUGUUAAUAGAAACUCAGAUCUUAGUGGUAAUAUUUCAAUUUCUUAAAAUGUUGGUAUGGGUAGGAUACUUGAUAGUGGGGUUUCUUGACAUAAACUGGAAUUAUCAAGGCCAUUGAUUAUGCGAGGCUGAGGUCAUUCAUCACAUUGAAACACCUCUUCGGAGAAGUACUCUGUUUCUGACAAGUUUAUGGAGUACGAGGACUACUAGUGGUAAUAUAUGGCCUUUCAUUGACUUAUCUGUACCAUUUGUCUCAUUUGGUUAUGGGCGUUUACUAUUUGACAGAGGUAAAAUGGCUGCCAUGGUAGUGAUGAUACUUUAUAAGCACCGCACUUUUGGGUUGACGGCUCCCAUGUACUUGCCAGGAGAGUGUCACGGCUCAUCAGAAAUUCUUCCCAGAGAUACUUUAGGUUGUUGUCGGUUAGUGUUUGAUAGAGGUAAAAAUGCUGUCAAGCUUUUUACCGCAAUUGGUGAUGCUAAACUCAAUUGUGUGAUAGCUGGGAUUUCUACUAGGGUUAGAAUUUUACACGAGUUUACACCAAGGGAAAUUUUCACUGAGAUCUAUGACAUCACUUGUGUAAACAUGUUUCUAUACGAGAUACAAACCCAUACUGCAGUUCGUCACCAUAUAGAGGUUAAUCUACAUCUCGCCUCCAAAGGGUCUGUUCACUGUCAAAUUCUGGAGGUUGACGAAAUGGUAAAGCAACUGCUUCAUCUCAUAGUGUCUCAGGUCAAGAGGGAAUUUACUGGUGGUUCUAUUAGUGCAUACACAACAAUGACCUUUGCAUACAUAAGGACAAUUUAUUUUGACACACUCAGGACUCAUGAGUUUCAGUUUCUUGUCCGUCUGGAGGGGUGACAAUAUCUAUCAGAGAUCUGCAAGGAGGACGGUUAUUGGGCCUGGUUGGAUGUGCAUUAAAGCCUCACACACGUGCUCAUUCUGUUGUGGUUGUGGAUGGACGUCCGAGCGUGUAGAGAAAUGUCCAUGGACAAGGAUUCAUUAUUGGAGAAAAUAAAAGAUAUGAAUAAUUAUUUAAAAUAAUAAUGAAGAGGCGUGGGACCGUCUGGGCAUGAUCGCCAAGGGACCGGCCAGGUCCAGUCAUGGUGGUGCACGGGCCAGCAUGUCCCUCGCGCGUCCAUUCCUGAAAAUUUUAAGUAUGUUAUUGCACACUUGUGCAAUGUUUUGUAUUUUCAGAAGAGUUUGAUCUUGACUGAAAUUCUUAAUUUUUGCUUGAAUGAGCAAUUAGGGUUUUUUGCUCGCACGUCCAAUAUAUGAUAUCAAAAUAAUGUUAUUUUAA